AUGUCGGCUGGCAACGAUGCCAGGACGUAUCGAGUUCGACAGCUUCCAUGUUUUUUAAUUUAUCCGCGACAAGUCGCCUCAUUCCUGUCCAGCAUUUUGCCGUAUCUUUCUGUUGAGGAUGUCAAAGUGUUUUCGCUGGCAACCAGUUUAAACCCUUUGGAGAUCCCGGCGACCAAAGUCGCAACCGUAAUGUUCGAUCACAUGCCCCCUGCAUUUGAUACGAAUGAUAGUCAGUGGACCAUUCCUGGACAAACCGCGGGGCUUUUAAGAGACAUACUUGUCGAUGUCCACUUCCAGGACUUUACGCCGUUAAACGAUGUUCCUCCAGACGAACAUGUGAUGGAUUGCAUUGCUAUUUCUGGUCUGGCAAGCCACCCGUUCGGCUCAUGGAAACAGCGUGGCUCUCGGUCCAAUUUUAUGUGGCUCCGAGAUCGCCUUCCUAAGGAAAUGCCUACUGUCCGGAGCAUUAUUUACGGGUACGACACAUCGCUCAUCGGAUCUGAGUCAGUUAAGGGUGUUGAUGACAUUGCACUUGCUCUUAUCACUAAACUCAAGGCAAUUGGGGCGUCAAGUCCCUUUGCCAAACCUCUCCUCUUACUUGCUCAUAGUCUAGGUGGUAUUGUCUUGAAGCAAGCAAUGGUCAUGAUGGCUCGCACCGGCGAGUCAAGUAAUUCUAUGAUGCAUUCGAUCCGUGGUAUUGUUUUUUUCGGUGUACCAAAUCAUGGGAUGAAGGUUUCACAUCUGCUUCCAAUGGUGGAAGAUAGACCAAAUGCACAUCUCGUGCAUCUGUUAUCUACAAGCUCAGAUUACCUACAAACCUUGGAUGAACAUUUCUCAGGAGUCACCACCUAUCAGAAUAUCAGAAUUCUAUCAGCAUAUGAGACAAAGAGAUCUGCUACAACAAAGAAGAAUGACAAAGGUCAAUGGCGAAGAGAUGGUCCGCCAGACCUCCUCGUCAACAAGUCGUCCGCUAUUCAGAAGAACUCGGAACUAUAUAUACCAAUUGACGAAGACCAUUCCAAUUUGGUCAAGUUUGGAGUUGAUGACCAGGACUGCCAAGCUAUUAUCACCUUUAUGCAUAGCAUAGGUACCAAUGUUACUUCGCAUGCAUCCCAAAAGAGCAGGGCUCCUGUACACUUUGAUCCAUCAGCAGACGAAAUCAGUUCUAAGGAUGAGGAAAUUGAAGAAUUGAUUGAUAGCCUUAAUAUUGAAGAGACUGGGCACAGGCUGAAUGAGAUCGAAGCACAAUACAAAUCAACCUUUGAAUGGAUAUUCGACGACGAAGACCUAGGCUUCUGUUCGUGGCUAAAAAGUUCGGAAGAAAUAUACUGGAUUAGUGGGAAGCCCGGAUCUGGAAAAUCCACGCUCAUGAAGCUAGCUCGGCAGGAUACCCGAACCUCAAAUUUCUUCGGACAACAGGACCCUGAAGCAACACACAUCAUAGUUGACUUUUUCUUUCACGACCGUGGCUCGGCCAUGCAAAAAUCUCUCGAGGGUCUAUUCCACCGCGUAUUAUAUCAGCUCAUGCGCCGUGAGAAACAGAUUGUAGAGAUGAUUCUCCCCAUGUUCUCCUCUCGUCCAAAGAAGUCACGCCCCAUGUGGUCUCUUCACUUUUUGCGUGAGGCUCUCGACAUCAUUCUCAACCAAACCAAGCUACCUUUAAGAAUUCUCCUCUUUCUUGAUGCGUUGGAUGAGUUUGAUGGUGAGCCUCAAAUGAUUGCGGACUUCAUAAAUGACCUGGUGAGACCGCGAGCCGAAUCAGCAACCAAAAUCAAGAUAUGCUGCUCUAGUCGACCUUGGAAUACCUUUCGCGAUGUCUUUGGCAAUGCAGCUGGAUGCAAAGUACAUGAAUAUACGCAAGAGGAUAUUCAGCGAUACAUUGACGGUCGCUUUGAGACAAACAUACGGAUGAGAAAUAUGAUGAGGCAGCAGGAACGAGAGAACAAUGAUACUCUUGAGUCCUUGAAACAUGCCCUCAUCAUUCGUGCAGAAGGAGUUUUUAUCUGGGUCCGUCUCGUUUUGGAUGAGAUUCUCAAUGCCUGCACUGAUGGCGCCAUGCCAGGGGAGUUAAUGGAGGUACUGUCAUCGUUUCCUGACGAUCUCGAUAAGACAUACCAAAGGCUUAUCGACCGCGUUCCUUUGAAAUACAGAUUUGAGAGUUAUGUAUUGAUCGAAACUGUCUUGCGAAGCGAACAUACUCUGGGCCUACGAGACUUGGGCCUUAUUUUGAUAACCGCUUUGGGAGCUUCGCCAUCUGAAUCAGCGAAGCAAUUGCCAUCUAACCCUUAUUCUUACGAUUUUCUAACCGCUACACGCCGGCGCUUGCAGAGCCGUUGUGGUGGUAUAAUCGAGGUCUUGGAUGAAACUACAGUGCAAUUCAUGCAUCAGACGGCGAAAGAGUUCUUUAGCAGGCCUGGAUCGAGCGAGGCUAUUCUUCAACAUGACCGAAACCUUUGUCGAGAGAACGGAUACACAUUUAUUUCAAAAUUCUGGUUAACAAUGAUGUCCGCCUCAUCCUCGAGUUUCGAUUGGCUUGCUUAUAUCCUGUCAAUAUUCAAAUCUGGCAGGUACAUCAGCGUCCCUCAUUAUCUUCUGGCGCACCCUGUAAUUUAUCAGGGGCAGCACUGGGCCCAAGAUGUGGAUUUUGACACACAAAUAUUCCGCCUGCGAGAUUCUUUGAAAGUGGCCUGGUUUGACUAUAUUGAAUCGUGGAAAUACUGUCUUAGAUAUGCGUACCUCUCCGAGGCAACCACUGGUCAAAGUCAAAGAAGGUUUCUGGAUCAGAUACAGGAUAAAGCAGUACAAGGAUUUUUUCUAAAUUUCAGAAAUCAACCAUACUCGGUUAUGACAUUCGCUAAAGAAACAGGUCUUCAGCUAUAUAUGCAAGAAGUUCCAGAGCCAAGAGCACGGCAAUUUAGUUCAUCAAACACAAGACGAACACAGCGGAAUGAACAGGGGAAUCAAUAUUAUCAGCUAAAUAGUUCAUCAAGACAUCAUAGAAGGGAUGAAGAAGAACAGGUAAUGCAUCCCCGAAAUAUUCCAGGCUACCGAGAGAGACAAUACCGCUGGCCGCAGCAAUCAGAUGAGGAUGAGGAUGAUUACUACCAGUCCCCUCCAAGCUUAGGAGAACAGGAACGCCGUAGGGCGUACUACAGAACAAAUGAUGAUUUUUACGGCCAGUACUCCUCAGACUCGAGAAAAACAGGACGCAAUCCAACGUAUGUCCGAGUGGAUAAUCACUUUUCCGACGGUUAUUCCUUCGAUCCAAGAGAACCGAUACGUCGAAAAAUAUACAGCGAACAGGAGGACGAUCUAGGUCGUUUUGAUGAUAAUUAUUCCUCAAACCCUACAGAGUCAAAUUCUCAAUCAGAGAGAGCCCCCUACUGGGAGCGCCGGCGAAGUCGACGACGAUGA